GAGGAGGGGCGGAAGCGGAGAGAGGCGCCAGGAGAAGGCGAAGGAGGAGAAGGCAAGCGCGCUUUGCUGGGCUUUCGGAGCCUCGACUCUCCGCGCGCGCCGCGCAAGAACCCAGCGAAGGUGGCCGAGCGCCGCUCCUCCUUUCUCUCUCCAUCACCUGGCGAGCAGGAGGCGGCGACGGGCGAAGGGAAGGUCUGGCGUUGGUAUCGGCCAGGGAUCCGAGAUCUGAUUCCCUAGGCAGGGAAGCGGCGAGGGGAGGAGGCGGAUCUCCUCCUCUCCUCCUUUCCAGCCGUUUGUCUCUUUGCCACCAGAGAGAGAGAAAAAAAAGAAAGGCCAGUUGCUCUUGCCAGGGAGGGGAGGCAAGACCUCCCGAAGCUCCAGGGCAUCGCUUCUCCCUCUGCCUGGCAGUGAAGGAAUUCUGCAUCCCGGCUGAAGCAUCCUCUCUCCUCUCUCUCUCUCUCUCCUGAGCCAUCCUUGUCUGGACCUGACACUUCACGCCAGGCUGUGUCUGGGAUUCUGGAACGGGGCUGAGAAGACUAUGAUUGUGUCCUUCGUUACCAACAGAAGAGAUGUUGGCCAUCUUAUAGAAAAUGCUUGGAAACACCAGUUGACUGCCGGCUCAAUUGCUUUGAUUCCUUCAAGAGACGUCGUCGUUGCUGCUUAAAAACGCUCUCACCUUGUGGUCCCACCAUGUUUCCUAUACUGGCUUAAACCAUUUCCUAAAAUGCUCCUUCUGCCGUUCCUUGCAGUCUUGUUAUUGAAGGAAGAUGCCUGUGGGAACUUUGGUCUUUUGGUUUCUGCACAGUCCAAUGAGAGGAGAGUGGUUGCCUACAUGCCAGGGGACAUCAUCAUUGGGGCUCUGUUCUCUGUGCACCACCAGCCAACUGUUGACAAAGUCCACGAGAGGAAGUGCGGAGAGGUGAGGGAGCAGUAUGGCAUUCAGCGAGUGGAGGCGAUGCUCCAUACACUCGACAGGAUUAACCAGAACCAGACCUUGUUGCCAAACAUAACGUUGGGUUGCGAGAUCAGAGACUCGUGCUGGCACUCGGCGGUUGCUCUCGAGCAAAGCAUCGAGUUCAUACGGGAUUCUCUCAUCUCGGCGGAAGAGGAAGAAGGGCUGAUGAAGUGCGUGGAUGGCUCGACAUCUUCCUUCCGUUCCAAAAAGCCCAUCGUCGGCGUCAUCGGGCCUGGGUCCAGUUCUGUGGCCAUCCAGGUCCAAAACUUGUUGCAGCUCUUCAACAUACCUCAGAUUGCUUACUCGGCAACCAGCAUGGACUUAAGUGACAAGACCUUGUUCAAGUACUUCAUGAGAGUUGUGCCCUCAGAUGCACAACAGGCUCGGGCGAUGGUGGACAUAGUCAAGAGAUACAACUGGACUUACGUCUCUGCUGUGCAUACUGAAGGAAACUAUGGCGAAAGUGGAAUGGAAGCUUUCAAAGACAUGUCGGGCAAGGAGGGGGUCUGCAUCGCCCAUUCCUACAAGAUCUACAGCAACGCCGGCGAGCAGAGCUUUGAUAGGCUAUUGGAGAAGCUGAGAAGCCAUUUGCCCAAGGCGAGAGUUGUGGUGUGCUUCUGUGAGGGCAUGACAGUACGAGGGCUGCUGAUGGCUAUGAGGCGCUUGGGCCUCACUGGAGAAUUCCUGUUGCUGGGCAGCGAUGGCUGGGCAGACAGAUACGAUGUGACAGAAGGAUACCAGCGCGAGGCUGUUGGCGGAAUAACAAUCAAGCUUCAGUCUCCGGAUGUGAAAUGGUUUGAUGAUUAUUACCUGCAGCUUCAGCCAGAAACCAACCACCGAAACCCGUGGUUUCAGGAAUUUUGGCAACACCGUUUCCAGUGCCGGCUGAAGGGAUCCCCUCAGGAGAAUAUGAAAUUCAAUAAGACCUGCAGCAGCAAUCUGACCUUAGAAACACAACAUGUCCAAGAUUCCAAGAUGGGCUUUGUGAUUAACGCAAUAUACUCCAUGGCUUAUGGCCUGCAUAACAUGCAGAUGGCACUUUGCCCAGGCUACGCGGGUCUUUGUGAUGCUAUGAAGCCCAUUGAUGGACGGAAACUCCUCGAUUCUCUUAUGAAGGCCAACUUCACUGGAGUUUCUGGGGAUAUGAUCACAUUCGACGAGAAUGGAGACUCACCGGGACGGUACGAGAUCAUGAACUUUAAGAAAAUGGGAAAGGACUACUUUGACUAUAUCAAUGUUGGAAGUUGGGACAACGGCGAACUGAAAAUGGACGACAACGAAAUUUGGGCCCAUAAAAAUUCUGCCAUCAGAUCUGUCUGCAGCGAGCCAUGUGAGAGAGGAGAGAUCAAGGUUAUCCGCAAAGGUGAAGUCAGUUGUUGUUGGACUUGCACACGGUGUAAAGAGAACGAAUUUGUCUUCGAUGAAUACACAUGCACAGCUUGCGAGUUGGGUUCUUGGCCCAACCAUGAGCUCACUGGUUGUGAUUUAAUCCCAGUCCAGUACCUCCGCUGGGGCGACCCGGAACCAAUUGCUGCCGUUGUUUUCGCCUGCUUGGGUCUCCUGGCUACCAUGUUUGUCACCGCGGUCUUCAUCAUGUACCGCGACACUCCGGUGGUCAAGUCGUCCAGCCGAGAACUCUGUUACAUCAUCUUGGCCGGCAUAUUUCUGGGUUACCUCUGCACUUUCUGCCUCAUCGCCAAGCCUCAGCAGAUCUACUGCUACCUUCAGAGAAUCGGCAUUGGCCUCUCCCCGGCUAUGAGCUACUCUGCGCUGGUGACGAAAACCAACCGCAUCGCGAGGAUCCUCGCCGGCAGCAAGAAGAAGAUCUGCACCAAGAAACCUCGCUUCAUGAGCGCCUGUGCCCAGCUGGUCAUCGCGUUUAUCUUGAUAUGCGUCCAACUGGGCAUCAUCGUUGCUCUUUUCAUCAUGGAGCCGCCCAAUAUAAAGCACGAUUACCCAAGCAUCCGAGAAGUGUACCUGAUCUGCAACACCACCAACCUGGGGGUCGUGACUCCCCUCGGAUACAAUGGCUUGCUCAUCUUGAGCUGCACCUUCUAUGCGUUCAAGACCAGAAACGUCCCCGCCAACUUCAAUGAGGCCAAGUACAUCGCCUUCACCAUGUACACCACUUGCAUCAUCUGGCUGGCUUUCGUGCCGAUCUAUUUUGGGAGCAACUAUAAGAUCAUCACCAUGUGUUUCUCUGUCAGCUUGAGCGCCACGGUGGCUCUCGGCUGCAUGUUCGUGCCAAAGGUCUACAUCAUCCUUGCCAAGCCCGAGAGGAAUGUGCGCAGCGCAUUCACCACCUCGACCGUGGUCCGCAUGCACGUGGGGGACGGGAAGUCAUCUUCUGCCACCAGCCGCUCAAGCAGCUUGGUCAACCUUUGGAAAAGGCGGGGGUCAUCUGGAGAGACUCUAAGGUACAAAGGCAGGAAGCUGACCCAGCACAAGUCGGAAAUAGAAUGUUUCACUCCAAAAGGGAGUAUGGGAAAUGGUGGGAGAGCGACCAUGAGCAGCUCCAAUGGGAAAUCGGUCACAUGGGCCCAGAACGAGAAGAGCACAAGCAGGGGAGCCCACCUCUGGCAGAGGCUUUCCGUUCAUAUCAACAAGAAGGAGAACCCCAACCAAACGGCUGUGAUCAAGCCUUUCUCCAAAAGCACAGCCAGCAGCCAGCACAGCGGCAGCAGCGGCGCCACACUCACCGUCCCGCUCCCAGAGUCCAGUGCCAAACCGCUUUACGACGUCUCCGAAGCAGAGGAGCACUACCCGGCUCAGUACCGAGCUCAGACCCCUUCCCCCAUCAGCACCAUCAGCCAGAGGACCGCCUCACUCAGCCGGACGGAGGACGACGUCCCGACGUUCCAGACAGAGCAAACCCAGAGGAGCAGCUCCUCCCAAGGCUCCCUGAUGGAGCAGAUCAGCAGCGUGGUGACCCGCUUCACCGCCAACAUCAGUGAACUCAACUCCAUGAUGCUCUCCACGACCACGCCGGGAGCCAUGGUGGCCACUCCUCUGUGCUCUUCCUACCUGAUCCCGAGAGAAAUCCAGCUUCCUACCACCAUGACGACGUUUGCAGAGAUCCAGCCUCUCCCUGCCAUCGAGGUCAACGGCGCAUCUCAGUCGGCCAGGAAGCCGUCCUGCGGCAGCGUCAAAGAGGGCCCUUCGGCAGGAACACCAGCAGCGCCAAAGCCAGACCUGGAAGAGUUGGUGGCUUUGACGCCUCCCUCCCCCUUCAGGGACUCUGUCGACUCCGGGAGCGCUUCGCCCAGUUCCCCGGCCUCCGAAUCCGCCCUGUGUAUCCCCUCUUCGCCAAAAUACGAUUCGCUUAUGAUAAGAGAUUACGCUCAGAGUUCUUCUUCUUUGUGAAUGUAGCUCACGUUCAACCUUGGAUCUCUACAGCUUCAAGACGACAGAGAGGGGAGGCCAACCCUCCGAGAUCUCCAGUGUUUACAGACACAAAUGAGAGUAUUGGGUCACCUCGAAUAAAUAAUAAAACACGGAAGCAGGAAAGGGAAAGGCGAGUUAUGCUCUUUAAACACACACAAAAUAAAAAAAACUGUUAGCAGAUCUUUGUGGCCUUAAAAACAUGGGCUUUUAAAUGAGAUAAAAAAACUGCACCUAUCUUUGAGGGCUUAUAAGGAGUCUCUUAAAUCACAUACCAAGUGCUUUGCAUUAGUAUAUAACAAUGAACCGUGGACAACGCAUAUCGGAGAGAGAGUGUGAAAAGGAAGGUUGACCUUAAGCAACCGUCCAGCGUUUGUUUACUUGGAUUCCUUAACCCAGAAGUGAACCUUGACCUUUUAUCAAGAAAACGGAAGACCAAAACGUUGAAUGUACAUUUUCUAAGAGACUUCAGAUCUGGGACCAAAACAAAUCCAGCUCCUUUUUUUGGUUCAAGGCAUUUGUUUGGGUUUUUUUAAAUGAAGAUCUCAACCAAUAGUCACCUGUUCUCUCUAACUGCUAA